CUAGGGUUUCUUUGGUUCUUUAUACAUCUUAGGAGGUCUGUUAUUCUAGAAGGGGGUCAUUGUUUAGGAUCCGGAGCACAGGCCUGAAGUUGAUGAGAUCAGGCCUUUUGUGGAGACGGAGCUUUGAAACUUGAGUAUUACCCCCCAAGUGUUAAUUAGAAUGAAUUCAGUAAACUAAUGUGCCACCCCACUGGUGUUGAUGCAUGAGAUUUUGUGAAAUGGUGCUUAUGGUGUGAUUUGUUCACAGAGCACGACAAAGCAGAGAUUUUCGAACUUGGAGAAGAGUCGAUGUGCGGACGAGGAGGAGAUGGUGUAGUGAUCCAGCAAACAGGCUAGUUCUUGACGGUGCUGCUAGAUUUGUAGGAAACGAGGGAGAGUACAAAGGGAUUUGAAAUCGCGAGCAUAGGAGCAAAGAUAUGGGUACUCUCGUAGGCCACAUCGCGCCUUCUAUAGUGCUCGUCGCAGUUGGAUUGUGGCAUCUGCUGUCAGUUUUCUCAAACUAUGUCAAGUCGCCGCGGGAGUACGUCGCCAGAGCGUGGUAUCCCGCGAACUGGCUGCCCAAUCGGGGAAAGUAUAUUGAGCUUUACCUCAUGGUGGUAUUAAUUCCCGUAGCAAUCUUCUACGAGCUGGGCGUGUCCACCAACUUUCAUGCCAUUGAAGAUGGGAUGAUCCUUAAGAACAGAGUUACCAGCUUCGAGCACUCCACUACGCUGCUUAUGUUCUGGAUGUACGCCGUGAUUGUGUUGCUUAGCGAGACCACGAAUGCGUUGCCACUGCCUACGGAUGCGUCCUUCCUAUUUGCCAGCAUAUCCUUCGGCUUGGAGUGGCUCUCGGUCACUCACGAAUCGGCGAGGAACCAAGGGUUGGAGAGUCAGUGCAACUUACUGCUCGCCUACAUUGCGGGCUUGUGUGCCGUCACCUCAGGUCUUCUCGCACUCCGACCCAAGCUCUUCCUUGUGGACGUGGUGCUCUGCAUGGGAAUCAUCCUCCAAGGCACCUGGCUGUUCCAAAUUGGCCUCUAUCUCUAUGUAGAAGACUACAUCCCUCAGGGAUGCCACUACCGCCUUGACCUCCCAACUGGAAUCGACGGAUCCACCGUAUGCGACGUUGAAGUGUCGCGGAUUCGAGCAGUAGCGCUCAUGAACCUGGCAUUCAACUUCCAUGUUAUCAUGGUGGUCUGCUUCUCCGUGUUGAUGUUCGCGUUGGUUGCCAAAGUGCAUGGUCCCCGGCGCGCUGGACCGGCCUACGAGCCCAUCACUGUCUCUCGAGACGCCAUCUCCGAUGCCGACAUCAGUGUGCAGAUGAAGCCCCUGCAACCGUAAUCCCAGACUGAAGAAGAAGAAGAUGAGUUGAAUAUGUUGUUGAUUUUCUACCGUCUUGUUGUAUUUGUAUAAAGAUCGAACCACACACUGGGAUGUCCUUCCACGAAGUGAGUUAGUGGAUCUCUCCUAUUUUUCCUUGAGUACUGAUGAUUCAUUCCGUUGGAGCUCAUCAACAUAGAGCUGAGAUUUGUGUAAGCGGAGUUUGUCAUCUCCAUCUCAAUCAAUCAUCAAUGUCUAGUACCUUUUUACUCCGUUCUGGUCGCUAAAUGUGAUCCGCGUUUCGUGCAGCGUUUUGGAUGUGUUAAAGUGGGUGGAAGUUGUUUGAGCGGGAGUGUGGCUUCAUGUUGAGUUUCGAUCUCAGCUUUAUGUAGUGUGAAGUGUUAGUUUUGUUUUCGUAGGGUGGAGAGAAAAAAUUUGGUGGAUAUUUUCAUUCACUUAAUGGAGGAAUGUUCCAAUGGGGAAAGUGGA